GCGAAAAUUCUGUUGCGCACGCCGCAUGUACUUCCUUUUCCGGUAGUUGUUUCAAGAUGACAACAAAUAUCAGCAAGAAGCGAAAGUUCGUUGCGGACGGAGUGUUCAAGGCCGAAUUGAACAACUUCCUGACCAGAGAACUUGCUGAAGAUGGAUACAGUGGUGUGGAAGUGCGCGUCACCCCAACCCGUACUGAAAUCAUUAUUCUAGCCACACGCACACAGAAUGUGCUCGGAGAGAAGGGCAGGAGAAUCAGAGAACUCACAUCUGUUGUACAGAAGAGAUUCGGCUUCCCAGAGGGCACUGUUGAGCUGUACGCUGAGAAGGUUGCCACCAGAGGUCUGUGUGCCAUCGCUCAGUGCGAGUCCCUCAGAUACAAACUUAUCGGAGGCCUUGCUGUCAGAAGGGCCUGUUAUGGUGUUCUUCGGUUCAUCAUGGAGUCUGGAGCCAAGGGCUGCGAGGUUGUCGUGUCUGGCAAGCUGCGUGGACAGAGAGCCAAGUCCAUGAAAUUUGUGGACGGUCUCAUGAUCCACUCUGGUGACCCAAUCAAUGACUACGUUGAUACCGCCGUCAGACACGUACUGCUUAGGCAGGGUGUGUUGGGCAUCAAGGUUAAAAUCAUGUUGCCAUGGGACGCUACUGGCAAGAUCGGGCCCAAGAAGCCACUACCUGACCACGUCAGCAUUGUGGAGCCCAAGGACGAAGUGGUGCCUGCCCAGCCCUACAGCGAACAGAAGGGCGCCAAGCCCCAGGAUCCGGCCCAGCCGCCUCCACAACCCAUCAUGUAGACUGUACUUGUUAUGUGAUAAAUCCUGACAAAGAGAAA